AACAAAAGUAUAUUCAAAAGUUUCAAAACUGCUGGCUACCAGUGCCAGUUUCAGUUUUUUCCUGUUGAAUGGCUACCUUUACAUUUCAUAUUUUUCAUGUCAAAUUGUCAGUUGUCAAGUAGUUAACAUUUAACUUGUCAUUUCGAAUCGAAAUACAAGAAUACAAGAUACUACAAGGAAUACGAGGAUGAAAAAAAUAAAUUUAUUUACAUUAUACGUUUUCUUUAAUAAACUCUCUUGAUAAUGAUAGAAGAGACAGAAAUUUCGAAAUAACAGAAAUCUGUUUCUUAAUAAACAUCCAGAGGUUAGGCUGUUUUCAUUCUUGCAAGUGAUUUGAAUAAUUGUGUGAUCUGAGAAUAGAGAGGCAGAAUUAUUGCAUAUCCUGAGAAGAAUAAAAAUAAUAAAAUUAAUUUAACUAUAAAAGGUAAUUGGUGAACAGUGAUAUAGAGUUGGUUCAUUUAAUAAAAUAUGAUGACAAUCCUUAAGAAAUAAAAUAACCUCAGCUCUGUAUUUUUGCCUAACUUAAUAUUCAUAAAAAGUAAGUAUUGAGCUACAUUACUAAGAUACUAAUUUAUUAUUUCAUUGCCACAUUUUUUCUAGAAUGGAAGAACUUGAAGCAUGGGACGAUUUAUCUAACAUUCCGGCUGACCCUCCAGUCAUGCGCAAACUAUGUGCGGACUGCAGGAGACCAGCAGUAGUUUGUUGGUGUUCAGCAUUACCACCAGAAAAGUUGAAUCCUCGCAGCACUGUCAUAUUGUUACAGCAUCCUGCUGAAGAAAAAAGAUGUUUAAGAACAGCUCCCAUGUUGCAACUAGGUUUAGCAUCUAAUAAGUGCCUUAUAUUCAAAGGAAAAAAAUUCCCUCAACCCAGGCAUAAAGACUUGGAGAUUUUGCUCACACAGCCAAAUACACUUUUGUUGUAUCCUAGCAAAACUGCCAUAGACAUAAGAGCCAUGGAGAAUGAUACUGAUAGUUACAAUUUAGUACUAAUAGAUGGCACUUGGCCUCAAGCUAAGGCCAUAUAUGCAUCCAGCCCCAUACUGCACAACAUUAAACAAGUUAAAUUAUUGACUAGCAAUACUAGCAGUUAUAUUAUAAGGACACAACCAACGGAAGGAUGUCUGAGUACACUGGAGACUGCUGCAGAAGCCUUAUCACAAUUGGAACGGGACCCAAAAUAUACUGAACUCUUACUACAACCCUUACACACUUUGUGUAAAUAUCAAUUAGAAAAUGGAGCAGUAACACACCAAUCUAAAGAGUUUCUUAUUAAAACCAGGACAUAUCCCAAAUUGAUUGGCAAAAGGUUAUCUAAGUUACUUAGAUCUACACAAGAAGAAUUGCCUGAUCAAACAUAAUUUGUUUAUUUAAAAAUAUAUAAUAUAUGUUAUAAAAAUAGUAAUGUUGUUUUUGUUACUAGAUAGUAUUAUUCAGGCACUAGUUACUCCUUGAUAAAUAAAUGGACAUAAAAAUAAUUAUUUACUUCGAACCAGUAGUUCUGGAGAUCGUAUAAUUAUAGUAACAAGGUAGUAAGUAACUUGGAUUUUAAUUACUGACUGAAAAUUGUUAAGGGCAAAUCCGGAAAAAAAUGUCGGUCAUCGGUGGAAGCUAUCGUGAAAAUUUAGACUAGAUUUUUAAUGAGCUUAGUGCACAUUAGUGGAUUGAGGAUAAUGAGAUCCUGUCUUUGAUCUUGAUUCUCUUUUUUGAGCAGUUAUAUUUUGGUUAGUAAGUU